UGCAUGCCGCGCAGUUGCGAUACCCGCGCUGUCGGCGUUGGCGGGGUCCACCUGCCUCCUGGCCACGCCGACACCCUCCCGCGACGGAACAACCGCUACGCAACAGACGGGGCCCCUGAGCUCGCUCUUAGACAACGAAGACAAUGGAAACCCGUCAAUGCAGUUGCAGCGUUGGUGGCAGCCGCUUGCAUGGGGCAGCUUCGGCGCAGCCUCCACUCGACAGCUUGGCGACAGCGGCCCUGCCCUCACGCCGCGUCUAGAGGCCGCGCUGGCGCAGGCCGCAUCACUUGCAGGGCUGCUGCUUCGCGAGGCCCAUGCCGACUCCCACACUGCAACCGAGCAAGCGCCAGCCCGCACCUCCUCUUCGGCGCCGCCGCCGCCCCUCGCCACGGCCUACCGGGCCAGCCUGCUACAGCCGCUGCUCGCCUUCAUGCGCGAGCCGGCGGCAGCAGCAGCAGCGGCGGCUGUAGCUACGGGUGGUGGGGCCUCGGCAGUAGCAGGCGGACUUGAACCGGCGCUGGGUGCGUUGCCGCCGGCGCCGUCGGCCGCGGCUCUGGCGGCGCUGGAGGCGGCGGCGCUGGCGAACUGGGACGGCCCCCAGCCGCAGCAGGUGGUGGCGCUGGUGUGGGCACUGGCGUGGGCGGGGCACACGCCGGGGCCCGAGUACCUGCGGCGCCUGCAGGCGGCCGUGGCAGCGGGCUGCAUGGCGGGCGGCAGCGCCGCUGGGGGCGGCGGCGGUGGCGGCUUCUUCGGCUCUACGCCGGCGUCCGGCGCCGCCGCGCCGCUGCCGGCACCCUGCCGCGCGGUGCUGCUGUGGGCGGCGGCCAUGCACGGCGCCGCGCCGCCGCCGGUGUGGGAGGCGGGGCUCCGCUCCCUGGCGGCGGUGGCGCCGUCAACCGCCGCCGCCGUCGAUGACGUAACGGUCAUGUACCUGCUGCAUGCGGCGAUGCUGGUGGCGGCGGAUACGUCGGGCAGGGCGGUUGGCGGCGGCGGCAGUAGCAGCGGCAGCAGCAGUGGCAGUAGCAGUGGCCGGGUGGCGCCGACCUCGCCGACGUCUGCGUCAGCGUCUUCGCCGGCGUGCCAGCCGCGUGCGACGCGGGAGGAGGUGGUGGCGGCGGUGGCUGGCCCUCUUGGGCGCAGCGGCAGCUCGCUGCAGGCCCGGCUGGCUUCCGCCUACUCCGAGUACGUGCCGCUCCACCCCGCCGUGUCCGGACCCUACCUAGCCCUGCUGUUCACCCUGCAGCAACUGGCGGCGGCAGCAGCGGGGGCAGCAGGGGCAGGAGGAGGGGCAGGCGGAAGAGCAGGAGCGGCGGGAGGAGGAGGCGGGGGAGGAGGGCUGGAGUGGGCGCCGCCGGGCGCGGCGCAGGCGGCGGCUGCGCUGCUGGCUAGCCCCAAGGAGCUGGCGCGCUGUCGCCGUGACCUGCUAUACCACUGGCGUGGGGAUGCACUGGUGGAUGAGGAGCAGCGGGCCCGAAACCAGAUCGUGUACCUGCUCACCCGGCGCCUGGCCGUGACGGUGGCGCAGCCGGAUGACGUGGACGUGGCGGUGCCCUCCCGCUGGCUGGCGCUGUACGUGGUGCGGCGCGGGGCGGCAGUAGCAGCAGCAGCAGCAGCAGGGGGUGCCGGCAGUAGCAGCAGUGGCAGCAGCGCUGCUCGCAGCAGUAGCAGCGGCAUUGGGGCUGCGGCGUCGGCUGCGGGUGCGGCUGAGGAGGAGCUGGCAGCGGAGGCGGGGGCGGCGGGAGAGGUGCUGGCGCUGCUGCUGCGGGAGAGGUUCGCGCCGCAGGUUGGUGCGGUGCCGCCGCCACCGGCUGUUGCUGGUGCUACUGCUGGUGCUACUGCCGCCCUGUCGCUAGGCGCCGCGCUACAGCCAGACUCACAACAGGAUGGAGAUGUCGCGGGCGGCGGUGGGGGCGGGGCGGCGGGCGUGUGGCAGGCGCGGGUGCGGCAGCUGCGGCGGCUGGGGUGGCGUGUGGCGGUGGUGGAUGCGGGUGUGUGGGCGGAGCUGCAGGGGGAUGCGGCGAGGGAGGCGUACCUGCACCGCGUCCUGCGGGGGCAGGCGUGAGCGUGGGCUGGCGUGUGGGAGCCAGCGCGUGUGUGUUGUGCGGGGGAGCGGGCACAUGCCUCGCCGCCAAUGGUCAUCGGUGGCAGGCCGUGCCGGAAUAGGCGGGACAUGAGCAUGCGGGGCGUGAGUGUCGGCGCAGUGGUGUCAGGUGCUGAUGCGUCGUAGGGCUUGGGUUGUGGACACUCAACAGUUUGUUGCAACUGGUGUGUUGUCAUGGUGGGGGCCCCCGGCCGCAGACACGACGCCGCUCUCUAGGCUGUUCAAGGCCCACAUGUUCAGACAGGCAGUCUGGCAGUGGCUCUGUGCCAUGUCCCUUAAAGGCGCGUCCGCAUUCGCACCCGCAUACUAUGUGGCCUACCAGCCAAUGCCAAUCUAGCCGCCUGCCAUCCUGGUA